AUGGAGCCCGGCUGGUUGCGCCGAACCCGUAUCGGCGUGCUUGCCGCCCUGUGCAUUUGCAGCCUCUUCGGUCACGCCCGAGCAGCGCUGGACGACCCGUGCACCGCCUUCCCAGUGACACUUAAUGUGUCAGACUACGAGAUGGGGUGGGGAGGGGAGCUCAUGCUCAACCUCACCAGCGCCGGACCUGAUCUGCUGAAACAUGCUCAAAUAUGGGUACGGACCUCGGUCAACACCUCGGACCAGGCCUCCUUGUUGCCAGUGGCGGCGGCCGACCACGCAUGGCGGCGGCUGCUGGGCCGCACCGACCGGCGGUGGCACCUGCCGUUCCCGCCCCCUGCCCCCCUGGACGUCAUCCUGUACCGGACCGCCUGCCCGCCCAUCUUCGCGGCUGCGGCAAUCUUGGGGCCGGGCAGCGGCGCGGUGCUGGACCAGGCCCCACGGGCUGGCCUGGCCACAUCCUCCCAGGCUGGCCGGCAGCGCGUGGACCUCGCCCAGGCAGCCGCCUCGCCCGAACAGGGCGCGGCAGACCCGCCCUCGGAGGUGGCCCUCUUGCUGCCGCCGCCAUCCCCCACGGCUUUGGAGCAGAGCCCCGCCCUGGCGUCGCCGGAGGGCGGUGGGAGCGAGGGGCAAUCGCCGCCGACCCCGGCGGCCGCGACGGCCGCGGGGGCGCCGGCCUCGGACCCCGGCACCAACCAGACGCUGUACAUUGCGCUGGGCGCCGGCAUUGGCGGCGCCCUGGUGCUGGGCACCGCCAUCGGGCUGCUCUUUUAUCGCUGCAUGCGGCGCCGGCCCCCUGCCGCCGUCUCGGAGGGCGACAAGUCCUCCGAUGCCAUCGUCCCGUAUGUGCCCCCGCACGACUGGCAGAGCAGCAACGGCCGGAACAGGGAUGCCUUCUCUGACAAGGCCACGCCCCUGCAUGGGCCCCUGGACUCUGCCAGUCAGCCGAGCUUGGAGCCGGGGCCGGAGGGGCCCCGCGCCCUGCCCUACCUCGUCAGCACCCCCAGCAUGCAGGAGGAGGAGGCGGCCAAGGAGAACCUGCGUCCCAAGUGGGCUCGCAUGGUGCCCCGCAGCCUGGCCAGCUCCCUGUCCAGCGUGCACAGCGUGGUGUACAGCCCCGAGCGGCCCAGCCUGCGCCUGAACGGCGCGUUUGACCCCGAGGCGCUGCCCCUGUCCGACAUCGAGCUGAGCCCCGUGCCCUCCAGCCUGACCUCGCCGGGGGAGUCGGAGCGGCGCUAUUCGCCACCCAGCCCGGUCGCGCCCUCGCCCGACAGGGGGCCACGGGCCGGGCACCGCGCUGCCACCAGGGCGAAGCGGGUGAUGUUCCGGGAGCCGGAGCGAAGCCCGGGCGGCGGGGUCCAUGCCUGGACCGGCAGCACGGGGCGGAGGGGGCCUGGCGGGGCGAACGGCGCCGCCCAUGAUCCAGAGGCGCCGUGGCAGGACUGGAGGACGAUGCGGGACAGCGGCACCUCCGGCGUGCUCAGCAUCCGCGAGUCGGGGGAGGUGGCGGGGUCGCUGCACCAUGCAGCGCCUGCAGACCCCAUGGCCAAGGCGCCUGGCGUCCCCUCUGGCCCCCCCGUGUCCCAUCCAGCACCCGCUGCUCCCCUUCAAGUGCCCCCUGCCCCGGCGAGGCCGGCCAAGGCCUGGCAGGAUGGGGUCGCAAGGGCCCCUGCCCCGAUUGGCUGGCCCCUGCCAAACAGCGGGGCCGGCCCCGCCCCUCUGCCCCCGGGCCAGAAGGUCGCGCCGUCCCCGCCGGAGGCACCUUCCCAGCUCUCCACCUCCAGCUCUGACGGCCCGUGGGAGCCGCCCACCCCCCUACCAGACCCGGGGAGCGCGGUGUCGCUCUUCCUUCCAGGCCACAAGCCCCUGCGCGCCUCCACCGCCAGCAGCCACAAUCCCUGCAGCCUGCUGACCCCCUACAGCGAGGGCGGCGGGGACUGGGACAGCCCGGCGGCAUACUUUGCCUCGUCCCCUGGCCCGCUGGAAGGCUGGGAGAGCAAUUCCAUCGGCGCAGGGAGGACAGGAGGCGGCAAGAACCAAUCGACCACCAGGGAUCUGCCAGAGUCAGGGCCCAAGGAUGCGGGGCAUCUCGCCGGCGACGACGACGUCUGGGAGCAGUACAGCUUUCACCGGCGGGAUGUGCUGGUACGCAAGCAUUUCGAUGCAUGA